AGACCAUCUCAGGGAAGGAUCUAUUGCCUGCCAGGUUGUGGGACCCGAGGCUCAAGAUGUGCAGCAUGAACAGGACCAGGAGGUGGAGAUACAGGAUGGUGGGUUGGGCUGUGCUUCCUUGGAGGUGGGACUCUUAGGUGCUGCUUUCCCUACUUAUUCUCCUGCAUGGAAACCGCAGCCUCACUUGUCGUUUGGCGGCUCUCCUCUGAACAGCCUCUCGUUACCAGGAUGUCUCCAUCGGACCGGGUAGUGGUGGUGCUUGGUGGAGCUGGCACAGUGGGCUCUGGCAUUGUCAAGGCGCUGCUGGAGAAAGGCUUCCAGGUUGCUGUCAUUUCUCGAGACAGAAGCAGAUUGGAGAAGCUGAAACAGUUUCUGCCUCCAUCAGCCUGCCAGCGCCUGCACACCCUGGUUGGGGACGUAGGUUCUGAGGAAGGUGCAGAGGCAGCCAAGGAGGCUUUGUUGAAGAGCACUGGGAAGGUGACCGACGUGGUGUCCUCCUUGGGCUUCAGCUGGUGGCAAGGGGGUCCCCCUCUCACUCAGACCCUGAAGGAGCUGCAUCGGGUCCUGGACACCCUCCUUCUCAGCACCUUCACUGCCUGGAAGGCCUUCUUCCCCCUCGUGAAGGACAACGCAGAUGGAACAUACACUUUCAUCACUGGUGGGGCUGGGGAGCGCCUCCUCAUGCCAGGCACAGGCUUCCUGACACUGGGGGCAGCGGGGGCCUUGGCCUUUUCCCUCAUGGUCCGCGAGGAGUACCCAGAUGUUCCCUGCAAGCUGAAUGAGGUGAAAAUCAACAUGGGUGUGACGACGCCAGAGCGUUUGGGCCCCGGGUACGUGAGCCACCUGGAGGUGGGAGAGGCCGUGGCUUCCCUGGUGGACAAGAGGAUUGUCUCACAUACGGUGCUGAGCGCCAGCUCACCUGCUGACCUCAAGACCCUGGCGCUGGAAGGGAAGCUUUGAGGCGCCGGCUAGGAGACUUGCCAGCCAUACCCACCAAUAGACCCUCCCCUUAUGCAACCCCCUGUGUCUCUCCUUGGUGCCUGACUGGUAAGGAAAGGGUGCUUUUCUGCCCUGAGGUUCCUUCUCCCCUGCUCGGG